UACCGACCAGCCCCCAUAGCUCCCAACUCCAUAGAGGUAGAUAAAUAAAAUUCAGCUAAAUCUCCGGUGGAAAGCGUUUUUCUCCAUUUACAAUCAAUUCAAUUCCAAUUUCAAAUUUCAAAAUCCAAAGCCCCCAAAUUCCCCGUUACAAAAACCCAAUCCCUCUCUAUCUUCUCCACAAAUUCAAGAUCGAUUUAGGGUUUUCACUUUUCGGAGACUGAAGAUGAAAGCAUCUCUGAAAUUCCGCGAAGACCAGAAACCAUUACUGAGAGCCAAAAUCCCUCUCAGCAUUCUUGGCCUCCCUUUCCAAUCCGCCAUAGCCGCCGGCACCUCCAAUGAACUCACUCUCAAGCUCUCAACUCACUUCGAAUCCGGCCCUUCCUUCAACCUCGCUUAUCGCCCCAACGAUUCUUCAAACCCCUUCUCCCUAAUCGUCAAAACCGGAAUCGGCUCCUUCGGUUCCCCGAUCUCUUCCCCCAUGCUCAUGAGCGCCGAGUUCAACCUACUCGCCAAUGGAAACCCCUCCUUCAUGCUCCAUUUCAAGCCUAAACUUGGCGAUUUCUCCAUCAAGAAAUCGCAGUCCUCGUCCGUGAUGUUCCAGAAAGUUCUGAAAUCGGAGGAGGAAUCUAUUGAUGUUAAAUCUGCUGUUUCUAAGGUGGUUUCCGGUUUGGAUUUGGCGGCUAGUACGGCGGUUCCGGUUAUGAAAUUCGCCGCCGUGAGGUUUCGUUGGGGUCUAAGGGUGCCGGCGGCGGAGGGGAUGAAGAUGAGUGGUGGUGGUGGUAUGUCGUUUAGAGAGGUUCCGUUUAUGCUGGAUAAGAUCGGGCUCGAACACGUGGACGGUGGGGAUUCGAGUUCGAGGGAGGGUAGUUUGGGAAAUAAGGAUUUGAAUUUGGAUUUGGAUUGUUUUUCAGUGAAGCGUCAGUUUGAGGUUUUGAAAUUAGAGAAUGGGUUAUUGAAAAACAGCAUUGAUGAUCUUAGGAAGCAAAUGAAAUUGUUGUCUAAUUCCGGUCGCCGGUUUAAGGACAGAAAGGCGCCGGAGUUAGCCGGUUUUGAUGGGCUGCCGUCAGAAGACGCGGCGGCGGCGGCGUGGGGCGAGGAGCUAAGGAAGCCGGCGCUGUCUACUGUCUGAAUUCGUCGAUAAGACAAUCGUCAGUUUAAUUGUAAAAACUGAGUUUUUUUUUUCUUUUUUUCUUUUUUUUUUCCUCCAGUGUUUAGUUCUCUAUCAUCUAUAGAAUUUUUAAUGAUUUUCUCCAUUUUGUUUCUUUUGUUAAAUGUAAUGAAAUUGUUUGUUGUGGUUAAA